AUGCUGCCUCUCCCAGAUGACCUUCGGCAGCUCCGCGUUGCAAUUUUGACAAUCCCAGAUGGCAUGCUCAUGUUGUUACUGCCUCACAAUGAUAUUUUGGUCGCAUCACUAAUCAAUCAUUGUCUCCCACAAAUUGCAAUGUGGCCAUUUGACCAAAGUAUACAGUUCGAUGAAAACCUCCCUACUGCAAUGGUUGACACUCAGGGACAAAUACCUCCUGUGCCAUACAUCGAACACCUUUGUAAUGAGUUUUGGCAAGCACUCCUUGACGGGAAGCACUCGAUACAUGAUCCACACAACCUAAAUACUCUGCUCCCUCUGUGGGUUAUCAAAUUUUGGUGGGUGCUGCACACCGCAUACGAACACAAGACACAAUGGGUGAAGGCAGCGUGUUGGAUAUGGGAGAAGCAGAAGACAGGAAGAGACUUAGAGCUGCUCAGAGAGGCAGAGAUGCUGCUCUGCCUUCUUCCCUGGAACAGGUCGCUUUGUGGGCCAGCCACAACUGGUCGCAGAACCACAAACCACCUAUGUUUAUUUUUGUCAGAUCACCGCUGGUUGUCCAAGACUCUUGUCGAUCUGAUGACAGCCUCUCUUGUCUCUUUCCUGCCUGUGCAACACCAUGACAUUAUCAAUGCAAACACCAGCUUCAGCAAUGCGAUCUGCAGCACAAAGCAUAUCUCCUAUCACGAUUGGCUGCACCACCAUCUCCAGGAAAUUGAAGAUGAUGCAAAGAAACACAGAUAUCUUUAUGCUACAGUGCACAUACCCAUGCUGGAUCAUUUUAUUGCCUUUGCGAUUGAUUUUGAAACAAAGUCCUUUAAAUACGGUGACUCUCUUUAUUCAAAAAAUGCCCCAUCUGAUAUCAUCCAGAAGCUCCAAUGGUGGUUGUGCAAAUGCUUUGGUGGAGAAUUUCACAACAAUGGAGGUGUCUUACCGCAUGGUGUCCAGAAGGACACAUGCUGUUGUGCAUUGUUCACAAUCAACACUGUCAUGCAUAAUGUCCUUGGACACACGCUUGGCAUCCCAAAUCCUGCCUCUGAUUGA